AUGGCUACAAGGAGAGCCGUUGAUAAUGGAACGAUGAAUGUUGUUUUAGCCCUCUGGAAUUUUGGAUUUUCUUUUUUUAGUGGUUAUGCUGCUUGGUGUUUACUGCCUGAAUUAUUACAUGUUAUUGAACGUCGAGGAUUUAUUGGUUCUUAUUGUGAUAAUGCUAAUUAUUAUACUGAUCCAAUUACUGGAUUUUGGGGAUGGAUGUUUGUAAUGAGUAAAGCACCUGAAUUGGGUGAUACACUUUUCUUGAUUCUACGUAAAAGGCCAGUAAUUUUUCUUCAUUGGUAUCACCAUGCACUUACUUUUAUUUAUGCAACAAUUACUUAUGCAGAAAGACAGGCUUGGUGUCGUUGGAGUUUAGCAUUAAAUUUAACUGUGCAUACAAUUAUGUAUUUUUAUUUUGGCCUUCAAGCCUUAAAAGUAAAAACACCCCGACUUUUUGCAAAGUUUAUUACAAGCAUACAAAUAUUGCAAUUUGUUAUCUCUUGCUAUAUUUUUGUUCAAUUACUGAAAAUUAAAUCAGCUAAUAAUAUACGUUGUGAUGCUAGUUGGAAUGUCCUUACAUUGGGUGCUUUAAUGUAUUUAUCUUAUUUAUAUUUAUUUGGACAAUUCUUUUAUAAUGCUUACAUUUCGCCUAAAGACAAAAAUUACAAAAAGAGGAUAAUUGUAGAUCCAAUUAUAUCUAAUGGAAAUUUAAAGAUUGGAAAGAAUAAUAUAAUUAAUAAAAAAGAUAAAUAA